UUGUUAAUCCGAUGAUAUAAUCAAGUUCCACAAUUAUGCGCAUCUUCAACAGGUAUCAUCAGCAGACCACUCAUUUCUCUAGUAUUUCCUAGUUCAAAGUCUUCGCUUGUCUUCUUCUCCUUGCCUUUUCCACGUAAUUGCUUUCCAUCUCCAAAGUAUUUCCAACCGUCUAUUUUCUUAAACGAUAAAUUCACAAUCCAUCAAUGUCUACUACUACAUAUAUCCAACUUAAACAAGAAAAUCAUUCUGUGUACAUUCCUCUUAAACCAAGAACAUGGCACUCAAAGUCCUUACUGCCCUUGACUCAGCAAAAACACAAUACUAUCACUUCAAGGCGAUAAUCAUCGCGGGCAUGGGCUUGUUCACUGAUGCAUACGACCUCUUUUGUAUCCCUCCGAUCAUGAAACUCAUCGGUCGAAUCUACUACGGAUCCCCAAGGGACCCUAACAAACUUUACCAGGUCCCAAAGGCCGUCACAACCGCUAUGGUUGUGACCGCCCUUUUAGGGACCGUUAUCGGUCAACUAGUUUUCGGCCGAUUAGGUGAUCUAAUCGGCCGACGCAAAGUCUACGGCUUUGCUUUGAUGAUCAUGGUAUUGAGCUCAUUUGGAUGUGGACACUCAAUAUGCACGUCAAGGACUUGUGUUUUGCUAAGUCUUGGAUUUUUUAGGUUUUUGUUGGGGGUUGGUAUUGGUGGGGAUUAUCCUUUAUCAGCCACAAUUAUGUCUGAAUUUGCUAAUAAGAAAACGAGGGGUGCGUUUAUUGCUGGGGUUUUCUCAAUGCAGGGAUUUGGGAUCCUUGCUAGUUCAACUGUCACUAUGAUUGUUUGUUCAAUUUUUAAUCGUGUUUCUGGAGGAAAUAGUGAGACACCUCAUGGUGCUGAUUUGGCUUGGAGGAUUAUACUUAUGAUUGGGGCUGUUCCUGCUGGGUUCACUUAUUAUUGGCGCAUGAUGAUGCCUGAGACCGCCAGGUAUACGGCUUUGGUAGAAAGAAAUGUUUCUCAAGCAGCCGAAGACAUUGGAAAAGUACUCGAUAUUUCAGCGAGUCAAAUCACCGAGGAAUUUUAUACUAAUUCACAAAAUUCACCACCCUCUAACUAUUCCCUUUUCUCCAAAACAUUCAUCCAUAGCUAUGGACUAGAUCUGUUUGCUUGUUCAAUUUCAUGGUUUCUAGUUGAUAUUGUUUUCUACAGCAGCAAUCUUUUUCAAUCCCAAAUAUACAAAAGAUAUUUAAGUGAUCAGCACAAAGUCAAUGCUUUUCAAGAAGCUUUUGAAGUUGCAAGACUCCAGGCUAUUAUUGCAAUUUGUUCAACAAUUCCUGGCUAUUUUGCAGCAAUGUACUUCAUUGACCGAUUAGGGAGAGUCAAAAUCCAAAUGAUGGGAUUUUUCUUCAUGGCAAUUAGCUUAUUAGCAAUGGGAAUUCCUUAUUGCUCAUAUUGGAAUAAUAACACCAAUGUGGGGUUUAUGCUUUUGUAUGGACUAACGUUUUUCUUCUCGAAUUUCGGUCCGAACACGACUACUUUCAUAGUUCCCGCGGAACUUUUUCCCGCUCGCUUCAGAGCAACAUGUCAUGGGAUUUCUGGAGCUAUCGGAAAAUUGGGCGCGAUAAUUGGAUCGGUUGGAUUUUUAUGGGCUUCUCAUUAUAAAAAAGAAGGGAUUGGAAUGACAGCGUCGUUAAUACUACUAGCUGGAGUUUGUCUAGUUGGAAUGAUCACCACAUAUUUUUUCACUCGUGAGACUAUGGGAAAAUCACUUGAAGAAAAUGAAAGUAUUUCUAAUGUAUAUCGUCAAAAUGAAACUGUUGGUGGUACGGUUUGAAGGUUAUUAAUUUCUCCACAUGCAUCUUGUGUUUGAUAAGUAAAACAAUUAUUGCCUUGUCUUUUUA